GCAACGAACCGGCCGGUCCCCGUCCUUGCCCGGGCUGCCCGCGGGCCGGGGGCGGCUGCGUGUGCCCCCCGAAGCCGCUCUCCCCCAGCUUCUGUUCCAGUUUUAUCCCGCCUUUUCUUCGUGCCUGUUUUUCCAUAUUUGCGCCGGGGCGGCCCCAUCACGUGAGGCCGGGCCGGGCUGGACGCGGCUGCCGGGGCGCUCCGGUACCGGGGGAGGGGGCCGGACACGCACCCCCGGCCCCGACCUUUGCCCCACAUCCCUUCCCCAAACGGGGGCUGGAUUUGGGGGGGGGGGGGGCGGCGUUGGUUUGCGGGAGGCGGCGCUCACUCGCUCGCUCCCCCCGGCUCGGGGUGUUUUUCCCUGCGGUCCCCCCGGGAGGUGGAGCCGGGGCCGCCCCUGGGGCAGGUGCCGGAUGGCGAUGGGAGCCCUCGGCCUCGGAUCCCCCUCCCCGCAGGAACCCGCGCCCCCUCCCCCCAAGAGGAGCUCCCCGGCCAAGGGGGUGCCCCCGGCCACCGACCUGGUGCUGGGGGCCACCGCCGGGUGCCUGGCCUGCUUCCUCACCAACCCGCUGGAGGUGGUCAAGACGCGGCUGCAGCUGCAGGGCGAGCUGCAGGCCCCGGGCACGUACCCGCGGCCCUACCGGGGGGUGCUGCGGGCGGUGGGCGCCGUGUGCCGGGCGGACGGGCUGGGGGGGCUGCAGAAGGGGCUGGCGGCCGGGCUGCUCUACCAGGCGCUCAUGAACGGCUUCCGCUUCUACUGCUAUUCCCACGCCGAGGACGCCGGCUGGACGCGGUAUCCCGGCGGCACCGUGGCCGCCGGGGCCGUGGCGGGGGCGGUGGGAGCCUUCGUGGGCAGCCCCGCGUACCUGGUCAAGACCCACCUCCAAGCCCAGACAGUGGCGGCCAUGGCCGUGGGCUACCAGCACCACCAUGAGAACAUCGCCACCGCUUUCAGGAGCAUCUACCAGCAGCACGGGGUGGUGGGGCUGUGGCGGGGGGUGACGGGCGCCAUCCCCCGCGUGACCGUGGGCUCGGCCGUGCAACUCGCCACCUUCGCCUCCGCCAAGGACUGGGUCUGCGAGCGCCAGUGGUUCAGGAAGGGCAGCUGGUCGGCGGUGCUGGCGGGGGGGAUGGUGAGCAGCGUGGCUGUGGCCGUGGCGAUGACGCCCUUCGACACGAUCAGCACCCGCCUCUACAACCAGCCAGUGGACGCCGACGGCACGGGCAAGCUCUACCGGGGCUUUUUGGAUUGUAUCCUGCAAAUCUCCCACAAAGAGGGGCUGCUGGGCUUGUACAAGGGCAUCGGUGCCGUCUACUUCCGCCUCGGCCCCCACACCGUCCUCAGCCUCUUCUUUUGGGACAAGCUCAGGGACCUGGUGCGGCACUAGCAGCCCCUGGGGCCGUAGGAUGGGCUCCCACCACCACCAAAGACGUUAAUAAAGGGGUUUUUCUAUU